GAUCCUGUGGAGACAAAAACAAAGGCGGCUGUUGCAGAGGAGGUGCUAGCAUCAUUCAAUGAGAGUGUGAAUAUUAAUGAAGAAAACAGGUUUCAGAACAGGGGCAAUUGGUAUCACAGCUGAUAUACAAAAGGCAUUUUUACAAAUCAGCAUUUCCCCAGCUGACAGAAACUACUUGAAAUUUUUAUGGUGGGAAAAUGAAGAUUGUAACAAUGUUAUUGUUUAUAGACAUUGCAGAGUGGUAUUUGGAUUAACAUGCAGCCCAUUUUUACUGUCUGCCACACUCAUACAUUACCUGAACAGUAUAACAGGAGCAUAUCAACAGUCGGCACAGCUUCUGAAAAAAUCAUGGUAUGUAGAUAAUUGUAUAACAAGUUUAGAUACAGAAGAAGAAGCAAGAAAAUUCAUAGCGGAGUCUAAGCAUAUAAUGAAUGAGGCGAAAUUCAACUUACGCAUGUGGGUGACAGCUCCACUGGAAAUUAAUGAAACAGGUAAAGACAUAGUACCAAUAUUAGGUCUCAGCUGGGAUACUAAGUCUGAUCAGCUGUACUGCAGCAACAUAGACAAUUUACCGGACUCGGAGGAUAUAAAACAGCUUACAAAAAGAGAUUUAUUGUCACUGACACAAAAGGUUUUUGACCCAAUUGGAUAUACUUCACCAGUUAUGUUGACACCUAAACUUAUUUUACAAGAAACAUGGAAAAACAAUAUGUCAUGGGAAUCUCCUCUCGAUGCCGAUCUAAUGAAAAAAUUCCAUGAGUGGUAUAAAACAUUUCAUUACUUAAAGAACUGUAAAAUUCCAAGGAGAUUGACCGAGGACACAAUGAAAGAGUGUGAAAUUAGCUUACAUUUAUUUUGUGAUGCAAGCAAGGAUGGGUAUGCUGCAGGUGUGUUACUUCGUGCUGAAAAGAAUAAAAAGGUGACUACACAACUAAUUUCAGCCAAGUCCCGUGUCACACCUCCCAAGAAGAUAAGCAUUCCCAGGUUAGAAUUACUAGCUGCAUUGAUAGGCGCAAGGCUGCUCACACAGGUUAGAGAAAACCUCAAUUUACAACAUUGUUCUGAAUACUGCUGGACAGAUUCAGCUGUUACUCUGUGUUGGAUCAAUCGAGAAUUACCCUUGAACACAUUUGUAGGUAACAGAAUAAAAGAAAUUAGACAACAUACUAAUACCAACAAUUGGAGACAUAUUCCAGGUGAACACAACUGGGCGGACCUGGCAUCCAGAGGCUGCAACGCGAAGACCCUACUCGAGACCAGAUGGUGGGAAGGACCGGCUUGGCUGCGUCUGGAGCCGCAGCAAUGGCCGAAGUCCAACUUCACAGUUGAUGAGCUGCAGGUACACCUGGAAACUAAAAAGAUUGUGAGUAAUAUACAAGUAUGUUGUAAUGAGAGUUUUAUAAAGAAAAUACAAUAUUUCUCUAAAUAUUCAAAGAUGAUAAGAAUGGUUGCAUGGAUGUUAAGGUUCAUAUAUAAUACACAGCAUUCACAAAAUAAGAGAAAAGGAGAAAUAACAUAUAGUGAGUAUAAUAAUGCAGAGAAAACAUUAGUUAAAUUAAUUCAAAAUACAAACAGUGAAAUAAAUAAGGAAAAAAGUGAGCAUUUAACACAAUAUUUAGAUAAAGAAGGAUUAAUAAGAAUAAAAACUAAACUUACCAUAUCAGAUUUUCCAGAAACAACUAAAGCACCCUAUUUGUUGUGGGCAAACAACCCAAUUGUGACAGCCAUGGUGAGACAGCGCCAUGAACAGCUCCAGCAUGUGGGAUCAAAUGAACUGAUUACAGACUUAAGAGCGAGGUUCUGGAUCAUCGGUAUACGUAGAUUGGUAAAAACAAUAAUAGCCACAUGUGUCAUUUGCAAACGAUACAGAGCGAAAGCCAGCCGAGCACCAACAGCACCACUGCCCCCAGAGCGCACCAGCUGUUCUGCUGCCUUCCAGACCACAGGCGUAGACUUAGCGGGUCCUCUGUUUCUGCGUAACGGCGAAAAGUGUUGGAUUGUGAUAUACACAUGCGCAGUAUAUCGCGCUGUUCAUCUAGAGUUAACAAGGUCACUCUCCACGGAGGCCUUCAUCAUGACUUUACGACGAUUCGUAGCACGAAGAGGCCGCCCAGAUUUAAUGAUGUCAGAUCAAGGAACAAAUUUUUGUGGCACAAAAAACUUAAUUUUGUCUCUAGAUUGGGAGGAGGUGCAGCGUCACUCCACUGUGCGACGCAUAUCGUGGAAGAUGAAUGCACCAUCUGCUGCCUGGUGGGGUGGCUAUUGGGAGCGCCUUAUAAGAAUUAUGAAGGAUCUUCUACGACGCAUAUUAGGUAAAUCGACAGUAUCAUAUGAGGAGCUUGUUACUUUAUUAUGUGAGUGUGAAGCAAUAAUGAAUGGACGACCACUCACAUACAUCAAUGACGAUAAAAAUAGUAAUUUAGAGCCACUCACCCCAGCACACUUUAUACAACCAUCAUGUAAUACUGAAAUGUCAGAUUUUGAUCAAAUAGACAAAGAAAGUUUAAAUAGACGACUUAAGUAUUUACAAGAACUCAAAGAACAAUUUAAAAGUAGAUUCAAGAAUGAAUAUAUAACUCUAUUAGUUCAGAAAGGCAAAGAAAUAAAAGAUAGUGUAAACAUAGGAGAUAUAGUACUGAUAGAAACCGAAGAGAAACGAAUAAAAUGGCCUUUAGGUAUUGUUAUAGAUCUGUUCACAGGUAGAGAUGGAGUAGACCGCACAGCCAGGGUAAGGACUGCCAUCGGCACAAAAAUCCGUCCGAUACAGAGACUGUACAAGCUGGAAGUCUCCAAUUUCACAGGUGACAAUGUUUCUUUAAGUCAAAGUCCUAUUUCUUCACCUUCAGAGGAGAAUUCUCCUGAAAUCAGUCAUUUGUGUCCUGAGAUAUCUGUAGCCCCAGUAGAUACUAAAAGCCGUAGCGGUAGAACGAUCAAGAGGCCGAGUAAAUAUGAUAUUUACGUUUAAUUUCAUUUUGCUAAUAAUAUUUUUACGUGU